GCUGUCAAUUGUUUGAUCUAACCUAAUCUUAUCGUUGAUGAAAUUACCGUUGAGCGAUGAUAGAUAGCCAUUGAUCUUUGCAAAUAUAUUCGGUUAUGAAGCCGCGUUUCCCGCUUUCAUCUCACAGAGUGAGAAUCAAGAAUAUACAUUACAUCUAUAAAUGAAACACGCAUGGAUUAGUAGAUUUAUCGCAAUCAGCUGAAAAUGCGUCUGCCCAAAAGGUUUGGAACGUUAUUUCUUCUAAUAUUAUGGCGAUUGACCUCUGUGAUCUUGGUACAAACUGCUCAUGUACCAGACGAAUAUUGGCAAUCGUUGGAGGUAGCUCAUCAUCUGGCAUUUGAUUACGGAUACCUCACAUGGGAAUGGACAACGAUGAUACGUAGUUAUAUGUAUCCGCUUCUUAUAUCUAUUCUCUAUCGCGGACUCGCGCUAUUUUCCUUAGACUUUGUACCACUCUUGACGACAUUACCUCGAGUAUUCCAAGCUGUUCUCGUCGCUUAUGCAGAUUAUAGAUUUUAUAAGUGGAUCAAGUGCAGGUGGAUGUUGUUCAUCUUGUGCUUGAACUGGUAUUGGUAUUAUUGCGCCACGAGAACAUUGAUUAAUGCUGUGGAGACAGCCUGCACUACUAUAGCAUUAUCGAUAUUCCCAUGGAAGGACAGUCAUGUACAAAGUGUGAAGUUUUUGUGGAUCGUAAGUUUUCUCUGUAUGGCAAGGCCCACUGCUACAAUUAUGUGGCUUCCUUUGUGCUUGUACCACAUCUGUACAAGUACAGAGAAGAAGAUAGUGUUGUUUAGUCGAUAUAUUAUAAUAUGCUCUUUCUGUUUCUCCAUUUCUGUAUUAAUCGAUAGUUAUUGUUACGGAACGUUUGUAGUAACCCCAUGGAGGUUCUUCCAAGCAAACGUGCUUAGAAGUAUAGGAAAUAUAUAUGGUAAACAUUACGCGUUAUGGUAUAUCUUCGUCGGCUUGCCGGUGUUGCUUGGACUGUAUUACAUUCCAUUCUUGAUCGCCGUGUGGCGGAUAUUCAAACAUUCCGCAUACUUCCAUCGAGAAAUGGUUAUGCUUGUGGUAAUCGGUUGGACAUUAACUGUCUACUCGCUGCUGUCUCAUAAAGAAUUUCGAUUUAUUUUGCCGCUUUUGCCGAUGUUGAUAUACACGAGCUCCGCCUGUACUCAUCACUUAAACGUUAGAAUCACGACGUUUACACGUAAUAGUAUUUUAGCGUUUUUAGUGUUCAGCAAUGUCGCGCCCGGAUUCUAUUUCUCUCUGAUUCAUCAACGUGGCACGUUGAACGUGAUAGAGCUCUUGAGGGAUGAAAUUUCUUACACAGGUGCUUCGUCGACGCUAAUCCUGACUCCGUGCCACGCUACGCCGUUGUACAGUCAUUUGCACGUAAAUACGACGGUCAGAUUUUUAACAUGCGAGCCUAAUUUUAACAAUACUAAAGAUUACAUUGAUGAGACGGAUAAGUUCUCCGCGAAUCCAAAAGUUUGGCUCGACGAUAAUUACGUUAACAAUAAGAGCGUUGCGUUACCAUCUUAUGUGAUAAUGUUCGAUAAGGUUGCAAGUAAGGUGACUGAUUUUUUACGCAGCUACAAAUUAAUCGCCAAGGUGUUCCAUACACAUUUGCCACAAUCAAAGUAUGGAAAAUAUAUAUUAUUGUAUAAACAUGUAACAUUUGUUUAAAAGAAUAUAUAUUUUAUUGUAUAUAUGGACGUAUAUUUUGCACAUAUUGCAUAUAUAACGAAAUGGAAAUAUUGUUUUUAUCCAAAUAAUAAAUGUGCGAUAAUUUAAUGAAUCUGUGAUUUUCACCUCAACAGUCUCUGUUCAACAAGCAUUAAAAAUAUAAUAUUCCUUUCUUAUCAAAAGAAGAUAGAGAAUAAACAAUUUAGAAGUGUC